AUGACCGGGAAGCUGGGAAAGCCCAAAGAGGCACUAGAGAUGCUCUCGAAGGGCAUCAAACCUAAUUCCAUGGCUUACAGUACUAUGAUCGAGGCCUUGGUUAGGGCCCGAAUGGCCGACAAAACAAUGGCCCUUUUCUCCAAGAUGGUGGAAGACAAUUGCAGGCCAAACGAGUUCACCAAAUUAGGCCAUGCAGCUGAAGCUCAUAGAUUAUUCUGCAACAUGUGGAGUUUCCACAGUAAAGGAGAUAGAGACGCGUAUGUAUCCAUUCUGGAGACCUUAUGCAGCACGGGUAAAUUCGUGGAGGCCAUAGAUAUGUUGGACAAAACGCACGAGAAGGGAAUCACAACCGAUACUCUGAUGUACAACAUGGUCUUCUCGGCUCUUGGCAAAUCGAAAGAGCUCAAGGUUAGCGAGUGCAAGCCGGAUGUUGUUUUGUAUAAUUCGCUGAUUAAUUGCUUGGGGAAAAACGGGGAUCUUGACGAGGCCCACGUGAAGUUUAAGAAGAUGCGGGAAAAGGGUUUGGAUCCAGAUGUGGUGACUUACAACACGCUGAUAGAGUGUUUUGGGAAGACGGAUAAGGGGAGAUGUUCGGAGGCUGUUGAUAUGUACCAGAAGCUGAAGGAGCAGGGUUUGACUCCGGACUCGAUUACUUACUCGAUUCUGGAGAGGUUGCAGAGUGGUUCGCUG